CUUGUCAUCCCCAGGUCUGUCUAAAUUUCGCGUCACUUCAGUCACCGGCAAGCCUCUCCCUUCCCCUCGGCUCAUUUCCGCCAACAUGCACGACGUGUCUGCACCGCAUGUCCGCUAUACCCUAAUGGUCAUGCAGUGGGGCCAGUUUAUUGACCAUGAUAUUAUUUUCACCCCCAUCAACAAAGGUUUCCAAGACUCGAUUCUGGAUUGCCGCAGAUGUGACUCUCCCCAGACAGUCCACCCUGAGUGUUUCCCCAUAGCCAUUCCUCAGAACGAUCCAUUUUUCCCUCCUGUCAAUAUAUCAUCUGGCCAGCCAUUCUGCAUCCCCCUGACCCGCUCCAUGCCAGGCCAGCUGACUCUAGGCUACCGGGAGCAAAUGAACCAAGUGACUGCCUUCAUCGACGCCUCUCACACCUAUGGCUCAGACAAGUGUGAGCAGCAGCAACUGAGGACCAAGUCGGACGGCAUGCUACGAGGCACACCCAACCCCCUGCGAGGCAAAGACCUGCUGCCCACUGAGAAUGAGAACCACGAGUGUCAGGCUCCCUCUGGCCGGUGCUUCACUGGAGGAGACACCUGGGCCUCAGAGCAGCCUGGCUUGGCUGCGCUACACACUCUGAUGAUGCGUGAACACAACAGAGUGGCCGGGGAACUGAAGCGCCUCAACAAACACUGGAAUGAUGAGCAGCUCUUCCAAAAUGCCCGGCGUAUCGUGACGGCCAUCAACCAGCAUGUCACGUACAAUGAGUGGCUGCCAAGGGUGCUGGGGUGGAACGCUGUUAAUCUGUAUGAGCUUAACUUGCUGCCUGAGGGCUAUUCUGAAGAUUACGAUGCAUACUGCAACCCAACAGUGCUCAAUGAAUUUGGCAUAGCCUUCCGCUUUGGCCACUCUCUACUCAAGCCUUCCCUGGAGCGCAUGGACGGAAUAUUUGCCAAGCGCAACCCUCCUGUCAAGCUGAGCGAACACUUCUUCAACCCAGACCUACUCUACCAGCCUGGGAUGCUUGAUGAGAUCAUCCGCGGCCUGACUACUGUGUCCAUGGAGACACUGGACCAGUUCUUGACAGAUGAGGUGACCAACCAUCUCUUUGAAGACAAGCGGCAGCCAUUCUCUGGCCUGGACCUGGCUGCCCUCAACAUCCAGCGAGGCAGAGACCAUGGACUGCAGCCUUACAAUGAGUACAGGGCCCUCUGUAACCUGACCAGGGCGAGGUCGUUUGAUGACCUGCACAGGGAGAUAGCGAGGCCGGUGAUCGAGCGAAUGAAACGGACGUACGCACACGUGGAUGACAUAGAUCUGUUCACUGGUGGAUUGAUUGAGACGCCGCUGCACGGUGGACUGGUCGGUCCCACGUUCGGCUGCACCCUCGGCAUUCAGUUCAGGAACCUCCGCUGCUGUGACCGGUUCUGGUAUGAGAAUGCUGACCCACUUGUGCGCUUCACCGACCCUCAGCUCACUGAAAUAAGAAAGGUGACACUGUCCAAGCUUCUGUGUGACAACUGUGACUAUGUGGAAAGUGAACAGUGGUCUGUCUUUGACCUUCCAGACCCCUUCCUGUAAGUACUGCUCCUGCAC